GGAUGGUCAAACCACAAACAAUGCCGUCGAAGCGUGUGGACACGCUGUGGUCGCUUGUACUUCAACAGCAGAUUAUAAGGACCGAUCAUAAUUGGACAAUGAGAACCACAUAUCACUCCCCCCAGCAUCAUCUCCCACUUGCGUUCAACCUCCCCGUCCUUGCUUCAUCAUGAGCUUAGCACGACAGCAGACACCACACUCAGAGGCGGACCCAUCCUCGCUAGUCUCUCGGAUACCGUCUCCGAGUCCAAGCUGCUAUGACAAGAAGUCAGUAAAUGGACUCCCUACAUACGCCGCACCAUCCAUCUUUCCACGCGACUUCGACGUGCCAUCAUGCAUAGACCACACCUCGCAGUUCUUUGAGAUCCUCACUGCGCCCUAUCAUCCUCCAGCUUCCUCAAGUACUUUGCGGCGUGCCACGCCACGUCAAAAAGAUGUAGAGAGGUGUGCAGCCAUGGUCGACUGGGGCGAUACGGAGGAGGAUUCAACGCCACAAGAGGGGUCUUCUACCUCGCAACGCAAGUCUUCAUUGCAUGAGGACUCCGCCAAGGAUAUCCCAAUAUAUGUGCCACACGGUCCAUAUGCAUGGGCAGCUGGGGAGGAUAUCCAGCAAACAGAAACAUUGUUAUCUCUAAGACAGGGCUCGAUGUGCUCAGCCUAUAUACAAACUGGUGUUAUCGCUGGACGAAAGAUCACUUUUAUCAGCCGACGAUGGAAUCUGGACAAGCAAGCAGAUUGGAUCGGUUUUAAUUCCGAGAUGACUCUUUACAGCUCAGAACAAUACCUGAAGCCCCUACAAGGCGUCAUUGUUCCUCGCAUAAUCGGUGUACACAUCCUGCCAGGCGCGAUCAGCAUUGCAAUGGAAUUGCCUCAUCAAAGUUUUUGGAUGGAGGCAUCCCCCACUAUGCCCGACGUCCUCAAGGAGCGUGCUAUGCAAGGGCUUGAAAUGCUCCAUUCGCGAGGCAUCCUGCAUGGAGAUAUCGAACUUCGUCAUGUUCUCAUCGGUGGGGACGGCGCCGUCACAUUCAUUGAUUUCCAACUGAGUCGAAGUACCAAUCCCGAUGAAUCUGUGGGCUUAGAGAAAGCGGAGGACGAAGAAUUUCGUUUCGAGAAGCGCUUGCUUGCGUUUAAGCUUGACCUUCACGGUGCUCGGGAGAGUGAAAUAGAGAAGACCGACGCUUUCGUACAGCGUACUAAACGAAAUAAACGGAGGGAUGAGUUGUGGAGACGUCGCUCACAAGGAGCUCGCACAGGGUACAUUCCGCCUUACGAAGAGGAGCCUGAGGAAGAAAAGAUUGUACCGCCUGUCCAUCCUCAUGACUUGCAGGAUACCUGGAUGAAGAAUUCAGACGCUCCCCCACUACGCAUCGUUGUUCCUGGACAGAGCACAUCAGAGGUGAAGGCUGCUAUUCAGACAUUCUUCAAGUCUCUAGCAGAGUCCUGUCCUGACGAGGCACUUUCUCAACCACCACCUCCGAUUGGGGACAGGGCAGAAGUGUCUGAAGCAGGAUCAUCGACGUCAUCUAUCACGUCGGCAGUCGAUCGCUCUUCGACUGCACUUCCCGAAUCGCCGCCCUCAUCAGCAGGGCGCAAGCGUUAUAGAGAAUCUUCACCCUCUCCCUCCCCCCACACCUCUCUUGCUUCAAUCGACUCCCGACCCUUAAAACGUGUUCGUCAUGAACCAGAACCUUCGUCGUCUACUAGCGUCUCCUCCACUGCCCAUUCAUUGCCAACGAUGCCCCGGGUCAAUGUUCGGGAUCGUGUACACAUGUGGUAUUCAGAUCUUCCCGACAAUGCUGAAGUCCCUCCCGCUCCCGUCCGUGUCAGACCUCUGUCGCUGACCGCGGCACGUAUUCGGCAACAAAACAUCACACUCUGUCGCGAGGCUGGGCUUCCUCAUGCUGAACUGGUCGAGAGGGGCGAGGUUUCACCCAUUAAGGCGGUUCGUCACUAUUUGCUGGCCAAGAAACGUAGAGGCAUAGCACGGGGCAAUCUAGUCCGGGAGCGGGAUCGGGAUGGAUACUCGCCAUACGUCCACCAUAUAGAGAGGUCACGGCAACGUGAGCGGUAUCUUACGCUGAAGGACCUGAAGAAUGCGUACAUCGCGACGUGUGAAAAUAAUCCGAAGUUGUCGGAUACUUUGAUGUCAACAGAAGAUCGGACAUUUUCUGCGUUGCUCCACAUGAACGAGCACAAAGAUAUACCAGAAGGGCCCAGGAUAUUGCAACAGGGAGAAUACGAGCUGGUGCAAAAUAGUCGUGAACAGGCUAUCGUACUCACGCCGCGUCGAGGGGUACUAAAGCGACGAAGAGAAGAUGACCCAGUUCAGAACUUUCUGCCUGCGACGAAUUCCCCUAAUCCUGCGGUACCUGUUGCUGAUACUGGCAGCACUAUUCCUCCACCUCGCAAGAAGGCUCGCACCAACAAGGGCCAAUCCGGCAAAGCAGCACCUGCACUUAUACCGUUGUUCCACACAUCAGAUCCUGGGUCAUCGGAGAGUAAGCGAGCAGCAAACGUCAACCUUCUGCAUGAACGUAAUCUGGCUGGGCAAUGCUCAUCAUUACAACCUGCACCGAGCGUCGAUUUUACACCACCAUCAUGGCGGGGUCUAUCUGUUUGGAUGGGGUCAUUAAUGGGCUGGUCGCAUUGAAAUACCUUUGAACGUUUUACCAUAUUCAUACCCCAGCUUUUCGGAUUUCGGUUUCUGUAUGAUAUCUGUUUGAAUCACAUGGUUAAUAUAGUAAAUUUCCUUUGAUGUAGAUCUCGAGGAGAGAAGCUUUGUUGGAACCAAAUAAAUGUAAACUUGUCAGCAAUCGGAAAUGUCUUAUUUGCC